UUAACUAUUUCUACCUAGAGGUAUCUGCAUUCAGCAUAGUAUUGCACUAUUGCUGUAAUCUGUACAAAAGUAAAAAUUGUUUUGUUUACAUCUCAACCCGUUUUCAAAGAAAUUCAAUUUUCUUCAAACAAUGAGCUUGCACUGGAUUAAAAUAACAGAGAGAGCUAGAGAAGGAAUCAAGAUAGUAAAUAAUUUAAAGUAUGAAGUUUUCUGCACUGUAUUAGAUUAUGUUGACAGAAACAUGAAUCAUGAAGACCACGAUGAGCCUGAAAACGCUUUGGAAGAUUUAGAAAAACUAGUUGGAGUUCCAAGAACUGAUUUUUUGUUAUUGAUCAAAACUCUUUCAUAUAUUUUGAAAAGGACUUCAACAUUUAUAAUAAAGCCGACAAAAUUACAGAGUGAAUUACGUGAGAAAUUGCGUAUUGGGGAUGAUAAAGUAGAUGCUAUUAUUAAGUUAUGGAUAAAAAACACUAAACCAAUUCUAGACAACCUAGAAUCAAAAAAUAUUAGUGAAAAUGAAUUGAACGACGUAACAUGGAAAUUAAAAGUUCAAAUGGCUUCACAUUGUCAACAAAAAGAGAAAACUCCAAUAGCUUGCUUACAGUUACGAACUGUUGAAGGACCAAACAUAGAUUUAGAAAUGAGCCAUGAAGAACUUUCACAUUUAUAUAAUCAGCUGGAAUUGAUACAGAAUGAGCUGGAUUCUCUUCGUAGUAGCAGAUAAAUUUUAAAUUACAAUUUCCAUAUCUCUUCUUAUAUAUUAUAUUUAUUAAAAGCUUAAAUUUUUGUAAUAUUCUAUUCCUAAAUAGUGACAUUUAUAAAAAAAUUGUUAAUUAUUAUAUGAAUGAUAAACAACUACGUAAGUUAUUACUAAUCCAAUUUUGAAAGAACUAUACCGAAGUGAAAAUGGAACAAACCAAGUUUGUUCGUUAAUUCAUUGUUUUAAUUGCCAAUACUUAUAAUAGAUAUUGUAUUAUGCUUACUCCAAUUUCAAUAAACUUUUAA